AUGCGAAUUCAAUGGCAAUUAAGGUCAUAUUUAAUGUUGACGUCAGGAUUCUUUUAUUUAAUUAAGCCGGUUAUCGUGACGUUGUUGGAAGACGAUGACGUAGCUGUAAUGAUAUCAGGAACAUCGAAAUUGCCUUUUCACGUCGAAUACGAGAAAUUAGAUCAGCAUAUCUGUUCGAUAAUGAUUCACUGUUAUUAUUACUCCUUGCGCCAACAUGUUUAUGCGCUUCUAGACACGCUGGAGAACAUUGAUAAAGACAGUGAUGUUAAUUUUUUCCUGAAAUUAAACAAAAUAGAAGACAACAAUUGCAGUAUAGCGUUGAGUUGUUUACGAAAACACCUCAAUGUGUUAGAAUUCGCCAAACUUAUCGAAUCUACGUUACGUGUAUUUCUGAUCAGCGUUAAUUUUAAUAUGAUUAUCAGUCUAUGUGGUAUACACAUAUUGAUGAGUUUAGAAGGAAGUGCGAAGGAUAUUGCAGGGCCUGUCACUAUCUACCUUGCACAACUCUUUCAUCUGUUUUUGCAUUUUUGGCAAGCUCAAUUUCUGUUGGAUUACAGCGCUUUUUUUUGCGAAUCUGUUUGCAGAGCAAAUUGGUAUUACACUUCGAGGCGAUGUCAGAAACUAUUUCUCUUGAUCAUGAAUAGAAUGACAUUACCUUGUACAAUGACCGCUGGCAAACUCAUGACUCUGUCCAUCGAAAACUUCGGCAUGGUAAAUAAGACUGUAAUAAUCUUUAAUUUUUUUUAUCGCUACAAUUACUGUUUACUGAGAUAAACAUUUUACUUUUUUAAAGGUUGUGAGAACUUCAUUGUCUUAUCUCGCAGUGUUCCGUUCUUUUCGACAAUAAUGGUA